UUUUACAGUUUUUACAAUUGAAAAAUUCUACAAAAAUACGAAUUAAUAUUUAUCUCUCAGUCAGAAUUCCAUCAGAAUUAAUUUAAUAUAAAGUAUUUCCUUUGUGAUAUAUAUUCUAGUUGAUAGUAUCAAUAACAACAAAGACGAAUAGCUUUAACGAUUUUCACAAUACAUUUUAUACACGCUUUGAAUGUCGAGUUAAACAAACUUCGACUUGAGUCCCGUAUGGCGCUUAUGAUUCUAACCUUAAUCAAGAUCUCUAUUAUUAAUCGUUGUCUCUCUAUAUCAGACUUAUUUUUUUCUCAAUAAUAAUGACAUUAACUGGUAUAAACAUAUUAAUGUGAUUAAAUAUAUUAUUGCGAAGAGCUUUGUCGACUAUAAAUAUCUAAAGGUAUUUACUUCUUUAUUAUGUCCACUUUGCAUUUCUUUGUAUGUAUUAAAGUAAAUAUUCAACUCGAAUUCGACGUGGAACUUUAUAAUAUACUAUGUUAAUAUAAUAGCAGUUGAAAAAAUCAUUUACAAUUAUAAUGGAAAUUAUAAUACAUGGAAUUGGAUGGUUUUUAUCUAUGGAAUGAACUUAUUUUCAAGCAAAGCAAUGAACAAUAUCUCUGGUCAGUUUCGUAAGACCACAUGGGAUCCUAUACUCAUUAUUUCACAAAUAGUAGCAGUACAGUCUGUCAUGUAUUUUUUUCUUGGAAUUUGGAUCUGGAUUAUAGCGUCGCUUUUAGGCUCUACAAAUUCUUUGGAUUAUGCCUUUCAAUAUAAGGAAAUACACGUUCGUAAUUUUGGAGGACAAUUAGUAAUAGUAAUCUUUAUCUUGAAUGCGUUAGUAGGUGCUAUGGCUUUAUGGUGGUUAGUACAAAGAACAAAACAGUGUAUGGACUUUGCAUGUACAGCUCAUUUAAUACAUUUGUGUUGUUGUUGGGCAUACAAUGCCAGUUUUCCAACUUCAUUCAGUUGGUGGAGUUUAAAUAUUGUUUCCUUGAGUAUAAUGUGCGUAUGUGGAGAAUUUCUUUGUAUGAGAACGGAAUUGCAAGCAAUACCGCUAGGUAUGAAUAAUCAAAAAACAGCCUUGUAAUAAAGAAGUGUAUAUAUUGUCUAAUGAACCUGUUAGGUCAAUGAUAUGAAUACACUUUUCUUUAAUAUA